AUGGAAGAAGCCGCGGCCGUGGCCGUGGCCGUGGCGUCGAAGAGCAGCGGCGGGAGGGGAGGCGGCGGCGGCGGGCCGGCGCCGUUCCUGACGAAGACGCACCAGAUGGUGGAGGAGCGGGCGACGGACGAGGUGAUCUCGUGGGCGGAGCAGGGCCGCUCCUUCGUGGUGUGGAAGCCCGUGGAGCUGGCGCGCGACCUCCUCCCGCUCCACUUCAAGCACUGCAACUUCUCCUCCUUCGUCCGCCAGCUCAACACCUACGGUUUCCGGAAGGUGGUGCCGGACCGGUGGGAGUUCGCGAACGACAACUUCCGGCGAGGCGAGCAGGGCCUCCUGUCCGGCAUCCGUCGCCGCAAGUCAACGACGCCGCAGUCGUCAUCCAAGUCCGGCGGCAGCGGCGUGAACGUGGCGUUCCCUCCGCCGUUACCCCCUCCCCCGCCUCCCGCUCCCGCGUCGCCGGCCACCACGUCUGGCGGCGGCGGCAACGAACGAAGCUCCUCAUCGGCGUCGUCGCCGCCGCGGCGGGCCGACCAGCUGACCAGCGAGAACGAGCAGCUCAAGAAGGACAACCGCACGCUGUCCACCGAGCUGGCGCAGGCGCGCCGGCACUGCGAGGAGCUCCUGGGCUUCCUCUCGCGCUUCCUCGACGUCCGGCAGCUCGACCUUCGGCUGCUCAUGCAGGAAGGGGAAGACGUGCGAGCGGCGGGGGCGGCCGCCGGUGACGCCGACGCACAGGCACAGCGCCGCGCAGUGGUGGCCAACCACCAGCUGGAGCGCGGCGGCGGCGAGGAGGGGAAGAGCGUGAAGCUGUUCGGCGUACUCCUCAAGGACGCCGCCGCAAGGAAGAGGGGCCGGUGCGAGGAGGCGGUGGCCAGCGAGCGUCCCAUCAAGAUGAUCAGGGUCGGCGAGCCGUGGGUCGGCGUCCCGUCGUCGGGCCCCGGGCGGUGCGGCGGCGAGAAUUAA